UAGCGCCUGGGGAGGUAAGCUCCCAGGCUGCUAGGCCUGUGCGCGCGCCCGGCAGAAGCACGUGGCUCUUUGAUUGCCACGUGGCAUCUGCUGUAGGGACAUGAACGUCCGCGACACGCGGGCAGGGGUAGCGCCAGCAGUGAAGAUCGACGAUGAGAUGCAAUACGUGGCGCAGCACUCCGGGCGAGGGAUGGAGAUGGAAGGGGAGCUACAACGUGAAGCACUUCGACUACAGGAUAAGCUCUUUUAUAAUGAAGACGAACCCUCGCUUACAGAAGAUUCUGAAGGUGAGCAAGACGAUGAUCGCGAAGCACGAGGGAUGGAGAUGGAAGAGAAGCUACAGUGUGAAGCACUUCGACUACAGGAUAAGCUCUACCAUAAUGAAGACGAAGUCUCGCUUACAGAAGAUUCUGAAGGUGAGCAAGAUGAUGAUCAAAAUGUUCUUCGCUAUUAUACAAAUAUCUGCGCUAUAGGUGAGAUCUGGGAUUCUGGAAGAGGGGUGAGUUGUGCCAUUGCUGUGAAUGAGUGCAACGAGUAUGAGGGGGGGGGAGAAGAAAGGUGGGUUAAUUUGAUGGCACUCUCUAACCAGACUGAGGAUGAGAGUGCAGUUGGGGAUGGAGAGAGGGAAUAUGCCGCUGAUGACGCUGGUGAGUGGGAGGUUGGGGAUGAGUGUGUAGAUGGCAAUGGAGAGGGGGAAUAUGCCACUGAUGACGUGGCUGAGUGGGAUGGGGAGUGGGGACUACUGGCAAUGGUGGAAAUGGCAGCAGCGGCAGCGGCGACGGCAACAGUAACAACAACAACUUCAACAACAACAAUAAUGGAGGUGGAGCAGGGGUUGGAAGAAGGGAGGCAAGGAAUGGGCGGGAUUGGCAAGACGGGCGGGGCGGUUGACAACAACAAUGACAAUAACAUCAUUGACAACAAUAACAAUAGUAACUUCAACAACGGCGGCGAGCGGCAAACGGGCGAACUGGGUGGGAUAAGCGUGGACGAGGAUAACAACAACAACAACAACAACAACAACAACAACAACAACAACAACAACAACAACAACAACAACAACAACAACAACAACGACACCAACGCGAUGGUGGAGAGGGGAGAGAACAUUGACAACAACAACAACAACAACAACAGCAACAACAAUGAGAUGGUAGAGAUGGGGAUGGUGGAGAGGGGAGAGAACGUUGACAACAACAACAGCAACAACAAGGAGAUGGUAGAGAUGGGUGAGGAUGUUGACAACAAGAACAGUAACAAUAAAAAUGACGGUGAGCAGGGAUUGGGGGAAAAGGGUGCGGUGGGUGAGAAGGACGACACAGACAACAACAACGACGGCGAUAUCAACAACAACAAGAACAAGAAGACGAAGAAUAGCCACGACGAUGGAGGAAGUGACAACCCCGGAGGUAGCGGGGCAGAGAGUGGUGCUUCUGCAGCUUUGAUCCUUAUCAGCGUCAUGGGACAGAUGCCGUCAUCAGGGCAGUGGAGGGGAUCUUGUAGCUUGUUGCAGAUGGCGAAGUGGGGCUUGAGGCUGAAGCUACGAUUUGGUACUGUUCCCCUCCACCCUUACUCGGUGUUUUUCCAUGAUGAAUCAUCUCUUUUUCUCUGGCACCGGGUGGGGAUAGGAUAGAUGAUCUUGCGAUGAUUAGGGUUGAUUGCCUCUUACCUGUCUGACCCUCAUCUCUUAAUCAUGAAAGGAUUGUUGUGGAUUACGCUUGUUAUUGCGGGUGAAUAUAUGCGCAGAUUGAUAUCUAUACACAUCAUUGUAUAGGACAUAUAUGCUGUAUCAGCAGGAGGUCAAUCCUUCCCCUGCAUUGGGAAGUAAUCAAUGCCUCUGCUCCUU